AUGGCACGUAAUCGGGCGGGCCCGUCAUCGACUGGGGGAUCACCAUCACCCGGUGCAAGGGGAAAUCCAACGAAAGGGGAUUCACCGGAAGGAACGGUUAGACUCAAUGGACUCAUUUUCCCAGCUGAUAUGAGUGAUGAGUUACAAGGAUUGAAUGUCGAUAUUGAGGAACGAUGUGUUGAGUCGCUCGAGUCCACCCGACGAAUGAUGGCGCUUUGCGAGGAAAGUAAAGAAGCCGGUAUCAAAACGCUUGUCAUGUUGGACGAUCAAGGAGAACAACUUGAACGAGUCGAGGUCGGUCUUGACACGAUCAAUGCUGACAUGAAAGAAGCUGAGGAGCAUUUGAAAGGAAUGGAGAAAUGCUGUGGAUUGUGUGUGUUACCGUGGAAUAAAGCCGACGAUUUCGAGAAGAACUCCGAGUUCGCAAAAGCGUGGAAAAAGGACGAUGAUGGUGGAGUGAUAUCCGAUCAGCCGAGAAUUACAGUUGGAGAUCCGACAAUGGGACCACAAGGAGGAUAUAUCACAAGGAUAACGAAUGAUGCACGAGAAGAUGAAAUGGAUGAGAAUAUUCAACAGGUGUCAACAAUGGUCGGAAAUCUGCGCAAUAUGGCUAUUGAUAUGUCAACAGAAGUUUCGAAUCAAAAUCGACAACUCGACAGGAUUCACGAUAAGGCUCAAUCAAACGAAGUCCGUGUCGAUUCAGCGAACAAACGCGCCAAUAAACUACUCACGAAA